AACAGUAUCGUCCCCAUCCUGCAAAGUCAGAAUUUGAAUUGAGUUUUUGGAAGGAGACUUAUCCCAGUAACAAAAAAUGUGUCGAUUUUUCUCUUAUUUAGAGCCUCCAUUUUACACACAUUAUUCAAUAUCGAUGAAAAUUGAACCAGAUGUAGAUACGUAGCCUCGAAUCAUGUAGUAUAGUCAGAUUUUGAUUAUCGUCUCUCGGGUAAAUGUUAUCGUGGAAAAACCAAAAUUUUCAAUGGAUACCCCUAUGGGUAUACACUUUACACCGGUUAACCAAUUUCGCUCAAAAUUUGACCAGAUCUACUCCUCGAAAUCCCCAAUCCUCCAGUAAAAUCAGAUUUUGAAAAUUUGUGUGUGUGAUGAGCUAUAAUGCAAAAUAUGGACAUUUUGGCAACACGCCACAGGACACACCGCACAUGCUACUCAGCGAGUAACAUUAAUAUGGCCAAAUAUCGCCUCUUAUCGAGUUUUCUACAUGAAAUAUGCAUAGAAAACAUGUUUUGGGGUGACUUUAAUUUUUUGACCUAAUACAAUAUCUUUCCUGCACUAGGUGUGCGGAAAAGUAAAAAUGUCGAUUGGUGUAAUGUUAAUUCCGAAGUGACAGUUUUAUUGAACUGUUGACUGUAAUAUAAUGGGCAAAGAACGACUAAUAAUAUUACAUUUUUCAAUGUUAAAAUAAUAUUCAAUUUUACUUUCUAAUUAAAGCCUGAGCACGAAGAAUGUAUGGAUUCAUUGACUACAUACGUACGCAGUCAACUACAGAGAGCAGCUACAGAGAAAUUUGACAUUCAUGAUAUCGAUUGUGAAAUACAAAUCCCAUAUUUAUUUCUAACACCAAAAGAACUGGAAAUCGAUCUGAGAUUAUUUUCGCGAAGUAUAAUGCGUAAGGCCUUACCAAUUCUUUUGAACAUAUUGGAACGUGAACGACGGGGGUGGUUUUUACAUUUUCGAGAGCGUUUGAUCUCGGAAUUACGCGAUAAAAAAAUGACAGACACAGAGAUUGAAGAAGAAGUAAAUGCUGCAGUAAUGCAAGAAUAUCUGCAACGAGUUUAUAGUUCUGUACUUAAACACCCGGAAUUAGCUGAAUUAGGUGACAAAAUUUCAAACUGCCUGGUUCAGCAGGCACAGUCGGUGGUCAUUAUGCAAAAAGCGUAUGAACGUGUCGAAAGAGAUAUAAGGUUCUCAAUAAUCGAACAAAAAAAUCAUUUAGUGAAUGAAUAUCCAGUUCUAUCAAGAGUAAAACCAUGGCUUAAAAUGAAACUCAAAGCAGCUGAAUUGCAUAAACUCUCCAAAUGCAAAUGGUCUGUUCAUGAAGAAGCUUUAAACAUAUCUCAAAAGCAUAAUCUUCAACAAACAGCAUAUUUUAUAUCACGGGAUUUAACAUUCAUGCGGGAGAGAGAACCAGUUUUCGUCGAAGAAUUACGAAAAAUCAAGACACCGACCAGAUGUUUCUGCUGGCCAUGCCGAAUCUGGUCACCAAAAAACUGGAUUGUUCGUCGAAACUUUCAGGGUUUCUCUGAAGUUAUUCCAAAUGUUAUUUGUCAACAAGCCACUAGUAUUGUUACACCAAGAUCAGAUCCAAGUCAACCAAUCUUUCUUGUUGAAAAAGAAGUAAUUCGAAAAAACAGUACUAGAUGGCCAUUUUGGCGCCUUUUGAAUUUAUUGCAACGAAUAUGGUGCUAUGUAUGGAAUGCUAUGUACUUGUUGGGUUUCGUAGUCCCAUAUGAGAGUCCAGUAUCUAUUCGCGCAUUAUUAAAAGUAAAGCCGAUUAUUUCCAAUACUUUCAUUAUAUAAGAGCGUUAGACCCAAAAUAAAUUAUCCAUCCCAAGUACUCAAUUUGCACUGUCCACCCGGGGCAUUCGCACCGUGCGUCAGCUACGAAUACACACAACAGAAUACGGAGCGGGACACGAAGAAAGUAGUGUAUGUGUAUAUACGCUUCUUUCCUUGCGUCUCAUUUGUUAUUCAGCUUUUUCAGCUGUUUGCAUGGCAAAGGCUGCUACGCUACAUAAGAAAAAGAUGAGAAACGGGAAUAAAAAAUAAGACGCAAGGCACGAAGUGAUGCAAUAUGAACAGAGCAAAUUGAGCUCUUGGGAUGCUUUUUACUUUUCCGCACACACCGAAAACAUGCGUUGAUACGGUGCCUUUGGAGUGAUUUCAUGUUUAGUUUCUCCAGGCGAGUGUUGUACGAUGAUAUCCUGUAGUCAUUUGAAACACUUGGAUAAUCCUUGAGUGCAAACAUUUAGAAUUUUGUCCUUGUGUAUAUCAUGGUACGGGAGCUAUACUAAGCAGCCAUACUCCAAGAUUGAUUGUACAGGAAGCACAGUAUAAUGACUUGAGAGUAUUACAGGAAUAACGUAGCAAAAUCUUUUUACGAAUUCGAGUGCUGAUGUUGCUUUGGCCACGAUUGAAUCGAUGUGUUUUAUGGAAUUGAGUUUGUUGUCAAAAAUGACUCCCAAAUCUCUUUGUUCGCUCAUUCUCUUGAAUUUGUGACUGCCAUAGAGUAGGAACUAACGAUUUGCUCUCUCUUCUUUGAAAUUAACAUAACAGGAGCAUUUGUCAAGAUUCAAAUGAAGUUUGUUUGCUUCGCACCAAUUUUCUUAUUUAUUGAUUGAAACUUGAAGUUUGAUACAGUCAUUGGUGUUGGCGAUUGAAGUUGCCAAUUACAAAUCGUUAGCAAACAGAGAUAUUAAAAUGUCGCCAUCCUUAAUGGAAUUAACAAUGUCGUUAAAGAAAAGCAAAAAUGGGGUGGGGCCCAAGUGACUUCCCUGAGAAACUCCUGAGUUUACCCUCUAACCGGCCAGUCUGAAGGCGAAAAAAAAUUGGACCCUUCAUAAAAUUUCUAACACAGAGAAUGCCAAUAAUAAAUAUAAAGUUUUGGCCUUAGCUAACAAUGGUAUGCAUUCUAUGUGCGCCAUGUUUGCUGUUUUUCAAAAACAAAAUGAUUAAACUUGUUUCGGGCCUGGAGCUCUGAAAUAAAUUACAAUGUCAAAAUUCACACAUAAAUGAAAAUAAAUCUUAAAUUAAGUACAGUUUGGAUAUGAAUUGAAGUCGUCGUUAU